AAAAGGCGGAAGUAGGAACUACUCACUAUAGCUGGUGCUUCCAGCUAUGAAUGGGAGCCUCUCUUGGUUUGCGUUCGCGGGUUUGCUUGCGUGUAUGUGCACGUUCGCACGUGUAUUUUAAGGCAUUGUAGGUUCUUGGACAUUGCUGUGCAGGAUCUUUAAAUGAAAAGGACAAAUAACCUUACGUGUGUGAAGGAAGUUUAAUAAUGGCAAAUGAUGGCACCCCAGUCCGAGCAGGAGCUAUAAAUGUUCCUUUGGGCCAUGUGAUUGGCCACGAGAAAUGGAAGGGCUCCCAGGUUGCUCAGGAGAUGCAAGGGAAAGUUAAGCUUAUUCUAGAAGAUGGCCUGGGUCUCGUGGACUUUCAUCUUUCAAACGGGUGCUGCAUCCUUUACAUUUCUGAAGCAGAUCUGGUGGCAGGAAAUGGCUUCAAAAGAAGACUUGUUCGUUUUAGAAAUACUUGCAAUCUUCAAGGCAUUGUAUUUGUUGAAAAAACCCAAAUAAGUAACCAGUAUUUUCCAGAAGUGCAGAAAUUUGUCGUCCUGGAACUUGGAAUGACAUUACUUCCGGUGGCCAGCCAAAAAGAAGCAGCUCAACUCAUUGCUCAAUUGGUGCACGAGCAAACGAAAGCCAGUAAUCCUUUCCAAAGUAAGAAAUGUACCAGGUUAUUGGAACCGUCUGUGCUCCAUACAGUCCAGCAGAUUCCAGGAGUUGGAAAGACCAAGGCACUUCUUCUUCUGGAAAACUUUGGAAAUAUCCACCAGCUUUGCAACGCUUCUCUCCAGGAGCUUGAAGGAGUAGUUGGCCGCAGCCUAGCUCAGCAAAUCCAUGCAUUCUUCACCCAGGCAAAAUAAUGUGUGUUUUCCAACAUCAAGCUUUUUGAAAGUCUGGAAGUUCCCUUACGCACACGGUCAGAUUUCAGUUGGUAUGAAACUCAAGAGAGCCUUCAUUCCCAUCGAGGAGCAAAUAAAACAGGAUAUAUUUUUUUAAGCCCCGAGUUUGUUCCAUCUGGGCUUUGUAGGGCAUGCUUUUGGCUUUGAACUGCAUACAGCUGGAUGCGAUGUCACCUUUUUGGAAUAGCACUAUGAACACUUUUUCUUGGAGAAUUUAGCUGCAGGACUAAAUUUGGCUUAUUUGAUUGUCCCUUUAAGAAGCAGCUGAGAUUGCCAUGAAAAAAGAAUGUAUUUAAGAAAGUAUUAAUAAACUAACAAGAACUAUUUAAAGGAAGACCUUUGCCUUUCUUUAAAUAGUUCUUGUUUUUAAUACUUUCUUAAGUUCAUUCUUUUUCAUGUCAGUCUCAGCUGCUUAUAAAAGGAACAGUCAAAUAAGACAGAUUUCAUCUCUGUUAACUCUGUUGAAAAAACUGAGUUUUUAGACUGAAAAAGAGCAGGUUGUCCAGUGUAAAUGAAUUUUACUUUCGUUCAGUGGACCGUCCUGAUUGUCAUAUUGUUUUGGAUGCAGGAGAAACCUAAUCCAUCUACCUGACUUUUGCUUACCAUUCAUAACUUGUUUGUGUAGAAGUUAAGAAUUCUGAGCAUCAGAACUGCCCUGAACAGACCAUUUACUGACUGUUGGGAACUGUUAUUUAAUGUGCUUGAUUUUUGUAUCCGUUAAAAUCAGGGGCCAGUUC